AGAGUCAUAAUAAUUAUCGAUGAUAGCUACCAAAUUUUAUUCGCAAGAUUCGCGCUUAUGAAUAGUGAAAUGUGAAUACUUCAGUAAUUAAAAUUACUUAUCAAUUAAAGGUAACACAAUAAGUGCAGUGUGAUAUAAGGGCAAUAUUAAAACAGUAUUGCAAAAUUUUAACAAUAUAAUUUAUUAGAUCCAGAAAGUUAAGCUAGAGUAGUAAGAAAUGACUGCCAACGGAAUAGUUAAUAAGAAAUUUCCCUGCAAUACAAUAUGUAAUGUCAUCAAAUGUUGGCAAUGGGAUAUAUCUCCAUUUAUUGAGAAUGUAAAACAGAACAGCACAAAGUAUGCAGUUGUCAUUUUAAAUCGUCCUAUAACUCAAAAACAGGACUUUGUCAAGAGUUUGUGGAAUAAUGCAACAAUCAGAGUGACAGUAGAUGGUGGGACAACUCAUUGGAACAAUUUUUAUAGUAGCCUUGUAAAUGAAGACAAAAAUAAUAUCAGGUUGCCUGAUUUAAUAACUGGUGAUUUUGAUUCUAUCACCCAAGAUGUUCUGCAGGAAUUUAAAAAGAAAGGUUGUGAGGCUGUACACACACCUGACCAAAACCACACAGACUUUACGAAGGCCCUAAUGGAAUUGAAUAAAUAUAAUGAACAGCAUAAAAUAGAGUUGGAUCACAUUGUAACAUUAGGCCAGAAUUCAGGCCGCAUUGACCAAAUUCUCGGCAAUAUUCAGACACUAUUUCUGGUCAGAGAAAUGCACAUACUGCCGCCUAAAACAAAUGUGUAUAUCAUGUCUGAUGAUACGGUAUCCUGGCUUCUUUCGCCUGGUGACCAUGUUAUUUGUGUGCCAGAGGAGACCAGGACGUUUAGACGGUCGUGGUGCUCUUUGGUGCCUAUUGGAGAAGGUUGUGAGGCGGUUACAACUAGUGGACUUAAGUGGAACUUGAAUAAUCAGCCUUUAAAAUUUGGCUCCCUCGUGAGUACGUCGAACACAUUUGAUCCAUCGGGAUUUGUUAAAAUAAAAUGUAGUCACACUCUACUGUGGUCAAUGAGGGUGCCGAGUUUAACUGAAAAGCAACGUUAAAGCUGUUUACAAAUAAUACUUAAGCCAAACAAAGGAAAUGGGUUUCUUAGCAUUAGCUGUAUAAUGAAUCCAAUCACACAAAAAUACUCGAUUUACGUAAUUUUACCCCAUAGUAGUUCUUAAUAUCGACCAUAGGAAACUUCAGCCCAACUUAAAAUGCUUGUAAUUGUUAAAUUAAUAUUGAAUUUUGUAUUUAUCAUAAGCAGCAAUGUUCAACUCCAAUAUAAUCCUUAUAGUGUAUGCAAUAAGUACAAAUACUAAUUCUUAUCGUUUCUUAUCACCCAUGUAAACUUUUCAACAUUAAAAGACUACAGCCUUA